AUGGAACCGAUGGCCAUUGCAAUGAUAUGUGACUUCUUCCACCCCAACGUCGGCGGUGUAGAGAACCACAUAUACAUGCUUAGCGCCAACCUCAUACGCAGAGGUCACAAGGCAUGUGUCGUUGUGAUAACCCAUAGUCAUCCUCCGGACCGUGUGGGAAUCCGCUGGCUGCUGCCAUCUCUCAAAGUGUAUUACAUCCCCUUCCCCACCCUCGUCUCCUCUGCGACUCUUCCUAAUUUCCUCACGUUUCUUCCUUAUCUCCGCACAAUCAUCCUCCGGGAGCACAUAACUCUCAUCCACGGACAUGCGAGCCUAUCCUCGCUUGCUCACGAAGGCAUCCUUCAUGCUCACUUAUUGGGCGCGCGCACCGUGUUCACAGAUCAUAGCUUGUUCGGCUUUGCUGAUGCAGCCAGCAUACUGACAAAUAAGUUACUAGAGGCUAUGAUGAAGAACGUUGAUGCCGCUAUAUGCGUUUCUCACACCGGACGAGAGAAUACGGUGCUGAGAGCUAAAAUUCCCAAGCAAGAGUGGAACAAAGUGUACGUUAUACCUAAUGCAAUUGUCGCCAGCCAGUUCAAGCCUGCUGCCGAACGCCCGGUGUCCGAGACAAGUACGGAAAACAGCGAUGAUCCAAUACACGUAGAGACUAACUCCAAACUAGUUACCAUCGUCGUCGUUUCCCGCCUGGCAUACCGAAAAGGCAUUGAUCUGCUCGUAGCAACCGCACCGCGCAUUUGUGCCGCUUUCCCAAACGUUAGAUUCCUGGUCGGUGGCGAUGGCCCCAAGCUCAUCGAUCUCCUUCAAAUGAGAGAAAAGCACAUGCUCCAGGACCGGAUUGAACUCCUUGGUUCAGUGCAGCAUCGUGAUGUUCGGAAUGUUCUCAUCCAGGGUUCCAUUUUUCUCAAUACAUCCCUCACAGAGUCUUUCGGGAUUGCCAUCGUCGAGGCAGCUUGUGCAGGCCUGUACGUAGUUUCAACCAGGGUGGGCGGCGUCCCUGAAAUAUUACCAGAUGACAUGAUUUCUUUUGCAAAUCCUACUGAGGAUGAUGUCUUACGAGCUAUGACCAAAGCCAUUCGCAUCGUGUCGAGAGGUGAACAUGACCCACACCUUGCUCAUGAACGCAUCAAAGACUUCUAUGAUUGGACCCAAGUCGCCCAGCGCACCGAAAUCGUAUACGAGAGAGUCAUGAGCUCGAAACCGUAUGAACUUUGGGAGAGGAUUGAGCGAACGCUCUCACUUGGACGCGUUGCCGGGCCAAUAUUCACCAUCAUACUCAUCGUUGAUUGUCUGUUCUUUAUGUUUCUGGAAUGGUUCAUGCCUCGUGAAAACCUGGAUUACGUGACCAAGCAUUGGGAUCAGCAACGCUUCUUCGAGUUGACACAACAUUCACGGCCCCAACACUCCUCCGGAAGCUCACAGCCACCAUCUGCAAAUCUACAAGACGAAGUUAGCAUGAGUUCUAGAGAAAUAGCCUGA